CGGGAGGGGAGCGAGCGAGGCAGAGCAGAGCGAGCGGGAGCCAGGCAGAGCCUGCGAGCGAGGCCGACGUCCUCACGGGUGGCGCCCGGGGCUUUGGUCCACGCCGAGGGGAGGACGAACUUCACCAGGUAAUUCUUCCUGCAGGAUGAAUUAAGAGAAGAUCCUUUUUCUUUAGGAAUGGAGAGCAGUUUGUCAGUUACCAACAUGCCAGACCCUUCAUCUUCUCCAUUGGAGAAACACUCGAGCUCAGCAAAUGGUAAUGGAGAUCUUGAUUCAGAAGAAGGUUCAAGCUUGGAGGAAAUCGGCUUCAAUUGGGGGGAGUACUUGGAAGAAACGGGUGCCAGUGCGGCUCCUCACACGUCAUUCAAACACGUUGAAAUCAGCAUUCAGAGCAACUUCCAGCCUGGGAUGAAAUUGGAAGUGGCCAAUAAGAACAACCCAGACACGUACUGGGUGGCCACUGUUAUCACUACCUGCGGGCAGCUGCUGCUUCUGCGCUACUGUGGUUACGGGGAGGACCGCCGGGCCGACUUCUGGUGUGAUGUGGUGAUAGCCGAUCUGCACCCCGUAGGGUGGUGCACUCAGAACAACAAGGCCCUGAUGCCCCCAGAUGCAAUCAAAGAAAAGUACACAGACUGGACAGAAUUUCUCAUUCGUGAUUUGACUGGUUCCCGGACAGCACCUGCGAACCUCCUGGAAGGUCCUCUGCGAGGGAAAGGCCCUAUAGACCUCAUUACAGUUGAUUCCUUAAUAGAACUUCAGGAUUCUCAGAACCCUUUUCAGUACUGGAUAGUUAGUGUGAUUGAAAAUGUUGGAGGAAGAUUACGCCUUCGCUAUGUGGGAUUGGAGGACACUGAAUCCUAUGACCAGUGGUUGUUUUACUUGGAUUACAGACUUCGACCAGUUGGUUGGUGUCAAGAGAAUAAAUACAGAAUGGACCCACCUUCAGAAAUUUAUCCUUUGAAGAUGACCUCUGAAUGGAAAUAUGCUCUGGAAAAAUCCCUUAUUGAUGCCGCAAAGUUUCCUCUUCCAAUGGAAGUUUUUAAGGAUCAUGCAGAUUUGCGAAGCCAUUUCUUCACAGUUGGGAUGAAGCUAGAAACAGUGAAUAUGAGUGAGCCCUUUCAUAUCUGUCCUGCAUCAGUGACCAAGGUUUUUAAUAAUCAUUUUUUUCAAGUGACUAUUGAUGACCUAAGACCAGAACCUAGUAAACUCUCAAUGCUCUGCCAUGCGGAUUCUUUGGGGAUUUUACCAGUACAGUGGUGCCUUAAAAAUGGAGUCAAUCUCACACCUCCCAAAGGUUACUCUGGCCAGGACUUUGACUGGGCAGAUUAUCACAAGCAGCAUGGAACAGAAGAAGCACCUCCUUUCUGCUUCAAAAAUACAUCAUUCAGUCGGGGUUUCACAAAGAACAUGAAGCUCGAAGCUGUAAACCCCAGGAAUCCAAGAGAACUCUGUGUGGCCUCUGUUGCGAGGGUGAAGGGGAGGUUGAUGUGGCUUCACCUGGAAGGUCUGCAGUCUCCUGCUCCAGAGUUUAUUGUUGAUGUUGAGUCCAUGGAUAUCUUCCCAGUGGGCUGGUGUGAAGCGAAUUCUUACCCUCUGACCACACCACACAAAACAGUCUCACAAAAGAAGAGAAAGAUUGCAGUUGUGCAACCAGAAAAACAAUUGCCAUCCACAGUGCCUGUUGAGAAAAUACCUCAUGACCUUUGUUUAUUCCCUUCCCUGGAAACCACAGGUACUGUCAACGGGAAAUACUGCUGUCCUCAGCUUUUCAUCAAUCACAGGUGUUUCUCAGGCCCUUACCUAAACAAGGGGAGAAUCGCAGAGCUACCUCAGUCCGUGGGACCAGGCAAAUGCGUGCUGGUUCUUAAAGAGGUUCUUAGCAUGAUAAUCAAUGCAGCUUACAAGCCUGGGAGAGUAUUGAGGGAAUUACAACUGGUGGAAGAUCCUCAUUGGAAUUUCCAGGAGGAGACGCUGAAGGCAAAGUACAGAGGCAAAACAUACAGGGCUGUGGCCAAGAUUGUCCGAACUUCUGACCAGGUAGCAGAUUUCUGCCGACGGGUUUGUGCCAAGCUGGAGUGCUGUCCAAAUUUGUUCAGCCCUGUGCUGGUUUCCGAAAACUGCCCAGAAAACUGCUCCAUUCACACCAAAACCAAAUACACCUAUUAUUAUGGAAAGAGAAAGAAGAUCAUUAAGCCCCCAAUUGGGGAGAGCAACAUUGAAAGUGGACACUCUAAACCAGCCAGGCGUAGGAAACGGCGAAAAUCCAUUUUUGUGCAGAAGAAACGGAGGUCUUCUACUGUGGACUUUGCAGCAGGCUCAGGGGAGGAAAGUGAAGAGGAAGACGCAGAUGCUGUGGACGAUGACACCGGGAGCGAGGAAACCGGCUCUGAGCUGCGGGAUGACCAGACAGACACCUCUUCAGCCGAGGUCCCCUCUGCCCGGCCCCGGAGGGCUGUCACCCUGAGGAGCAGCUCUGAGCCAGAGCGCCGGCUGCCCGUGGAAAGGGCGAGACGGGGCCGGAGAGUGCAGGCUGCCCCCUGUGCGGAGGGCGGCGACAAGGGCCCGGCUGCCAGCCAGGACAAGGACACGGGACAGGAAAUAAAGCAAGAGGAGGAGGAGAGACUCAUCCUGGAGAGCAACCCGUUGGAGUGGACGGUGACUGACGUGGUGAGGUUCAUUAAACUGACAGACUGCGCCCCAUUGGCCAAAAUAUUUCAGGAACAGGACAUUGACGGUCAGGCGCUCCUGCUGCUGACUCUUCCUACAGUGCAGGAGUGCAUGGAGCUGAAGCUGGGGCCUGCCAUCAAGUUAUGCCAUCAGAUCGAGAGAGUCAAAGUGGCUUUCUAUGCCCAAUAUGCCAACUGACUCUACCCUCUUGAUGAUACGGUGUCUUGGGAUGGUUUUCAGGACUGGAACUUUCAUUUUUCCCAGAUACAUGAGAUGGUUCAUACACAGUUACCGGGAAGCAAGAAGCAUGAAGGAUCUCCUUCCUUCACCAGCCUGUUCCAUAGUUCCCUGUUUUUAAAGCACACACCAGGACCCCCACCGUGGCCUCUGGAGAGUGUAAAUUAAAGUUCUGUGUUAGACCCUGUGGGAUAUGAAGAGCUUUUUUGUAUAUCCACAUCUCGCCUUUCUCCCACCCCCAAACCAGGCAGCUUCCUUUGAACAAGGCUGUAAACCAAGGCCCACAUUUCUUUGAAAACACCUUAAGAUGCAGUUGACAUCUUUCUCAAUGUGACUGACCACAAGGAGAUUGCCUGGCUGGUAGUUUUUGUUCUACUCAUUCUUAGGCGCAUUUAUACAUGCUUCUUUCAUACUGAUACACGUGUGGCUGUGGCUGUGUGGCUGCCACCGCAGUUUUGAUCUUGGUGGCAACACAUUUCUCAAACACAACUAUAGGCGAUGCUUCAGGGUAUAGUUAUAAAAAGGUGGGCUAAACCUGCAUUGCCUAUCAGAGGUGCCUUUUAGGAAGUACAGAGAGCAAAGGAAGGUGCCAUGUCAUUGCAGUGAGACAGUUUUUUUCUGAGUAAUAGACAGGAAAGGACCUCACUUUGCAGGUUCUUUUAUGGAGUCUAAAAUAUCUCAAAUGUUCUAAUUUAAUUGUGACCACAUCAGGGAGGGACUUCUUUAGUCUCUUGGGAAAUGUUGAGUUGUAUAUUGAAGGAAAAGCUUACUUUCAGACAGCAAGAAUAGGAAGAGAUUGGAGACAAGCUUUUUACAAACCAGCUACUUCCCCUUGGAUUCCCUUUGAACGCCACUUGCGUUUGGUUUGGCCCUGGUACACUCAUUUACAAUAAGCCAGUGGACAGAACACUGGACCUGGAGUCAACAUGGUCUUUUCCUGGCGGAACUAAUGACUAACUCCUUGAUCUUGGGUAACUCUGCGUGACUCUGCACCUCAUUCUUGCAACGUGACAGGUUGGAACACUUAGGACUGGAGCAGUGAGCCCACGUUCCGUCUCCAUUUUGCUCCUGCUCAGGGAAGAGUCCAGAGAGAUUGGCCAAAAUGAGAAAAAGAGAGUAAAUGAAAAAGAAGGGUGUCACCACAGCUUUUAACUCUGUCAUUCCUGCAGCUCACUGUGGCUUUGAGGUUCUUAGGACGUUUCUUGGGUGAUGUUCAUUAAAUCAGUGAAGUCAUUUGCAGAAAGAUCUGCGUCUCUGAGAACUGACUGGUUUUUGUACCAAGCACUUUAUGGGUGCAUGCCCCUGAGUGAUCCAGCAUAUAUAUAUUCAAACCCAAAUGGACUAUCAUAUUCUGUUGCCAUAGUGGCCCAAAUACCUUUAAACUUGUGCAAAGAAACCACACCUUCAAAUUGUUCAGGAGUAAACAUGAAAAGCAGAGUGCGCACUCUUCUCUUACUUC